GAACCGCUCGCUCGCUUCGGCUGUCACAUUUGUUGGUAAACACACGCGGCCGGCCGGAAAGAACGAAAAGGCAAAAGAAAACACGAGAAUAGCUUGCCAAGGCCCAGUAAGCUGGAUUCAAGAGCCGUACGGGGGUAAAUCCUCAUUGAACUAGGACGAAAAAAAAAAGGAACGGAAGGAAAAGUGGUAGAACAGUUUCGCGUUCUCGUGUUGUUGCUGUUGCGGUGAUUCUUCAGAGCCUGAAUGAAGUUCAGAUGACAAGGUGCACCUUCUACAAACUGUUCAUAUUGUUGUGCCUCUCCGUAGCAAUCAUCUGUUGUUUGAAUGGCUAUUUCAUUCACUAUCUACAAUCAACGACCUCGCAGCGCGAGUUGGUGGAAUCGCGAAAGCAUGGCCCUCGACCGUACGCCAGUAGGACUACCAACCUGUCGCAUAACCCUUUAGCGGAGAAAAAUAAUGCCCAUCUGGUGCAGGCGGCAAUACUGCAGAAGGCGGCCAGCUUAAAGCCUGCUUUCAGGAACAAAAAUCCCAUCUACUUCAAGUUGAAGCAGCCCAUCCUCGACACCUUUCGGCUGAAACCGUACAACAGUAGCACGAUUUGGAGAACGGUGAAUGCGUGGCCCAAACGGAAUGAAGUCAUUCCGGCGCUUGAGCUGAGGCUGGGUAGUGUUUUGGCCGCGCUACAGAGCGAACCAAUCCGAGGGGUGAAAAAUUCCCGCCGAGGAACGCAGCUGAAACUGGUCCUGGAGCUGCCCGGACCGCAGCAUGUACUGUUCAAACCUCGCUGGUAUCAGCGGGAGGAAAUCAUCAACGGCACCGUUUACUCGGGAAAGGAUCGCCACAACGCGGAAAUCGUGAGCUUCCAUCUGGCGGUGAUUCUUAAUCUGCGCUCGGCGCCCAUCGCGGUGGGGCGUUCGAUUUCGCUUCGCGAGCACCUGCCACUGGUGGAUGAUGAACUGCGCCAAACCAUGCUAGUCAUUGAUAAUCGGCAAUGUGUUUACGGUUCCUGUCACUACUGCCGGCAGAGCGAACCGGUGUGCGACGAUCCCAUUACCGGCACGCUCGAGGGUGCCGUACUGUACACCAUUCCGGGCAAGCUCGUGAAGUACCGUUCCCCUUGGCAGCGCACCUAUGACACCGAGCGGAAGGCGGAAUGGGAAACAAACGGUGGCUACUGUACGCUGGUGAGGCGUAAGCUCGCAACCGAAACACUGCUGGAUCUGAUCGAUGCGGCGGUGUUCGAUUUCCUCAUACAAAACGGUGACCGCCAUCACUACGAAACGCGCGAUGAGCGGCUGUUGCUGCUCGACAAUGGUAAAGGUUUCGGUAACCCGUUCGUCGAUCAUCUUGACAUUUUGGCGCCGCUGUACCAGUGUUGCAUGAUCCGGCGAACCACCUGGAUGCGGUUGACGACCUUUUCCGGGGGCGCAAUGACCGAGCUAUUGCGGGAGAUCGACCGACUCGAUGCAUUGCAACCGCUGCUAACCGAGGCACACUAUCUGGCGCUUGAGCGGCGCCUACUUUAUGUCUUCAGUACGGUGGAAUUGUGCAGGCAAAAGCACGGCAAUAAACUGUUCAAAUGA